CUCAUGGACCUGGACCUCGUUCUGUUUCCAGGCGGUGAUCAGCUGCUCAGAGGAGAUGUAAUGUUUAUGGUCUUUAAAAGACACUGCACUGCUGACAUGUUUUACCCAAUAAUCUUGUAAUAUUAUAUCUAGAUUUAAAGUUAUUAUUUAUUAAAACACACUUGUGGAGGCAUACUCUGUUUAGUGCAAUGGCAAACUGCCUUUAUCUAUAUAUUUAUUUAUUUAUACCUGGAGGCAAACCUGUUGUGAAUUUACUAAUUAAAAGGUUGUUUGUGGGCAGGUAUUAUUGUAAAAAUCACGUAAGAGGUUUGCCGUAGGAAAGUACAGAAAUACUCUGCAGGUGCCACAGAAGAUAAAAAGCAUCACAAAGUACUGAUGAGUGCAAAGGUAAGAUAUGUUUUUAAAGCUAUGGCCUGACGGAGGUGCUGUGGUGGGUGUGGUUUUCCGAGUGGAACAGUCUCUUUUACACAGAGCAGUGGGUGCAUUUCUAGUCUGAUGAGUCACGACAAUCACUUGAGUCCAGACAUCAUGGAUAAUAUUUUCACUGUUAGACUGUCCUGGUCUCUGCAUUAUCUCCACUAAAAUGAUGCUUGUCCAGCUUUGUUUCCAUUAAGAGCUACACUGGACAUCUCAUGCUCCAGAGGAGACCGUCAGGAUCUGAAACCUGGCCUGAUGAGGAAGAUGUCUGAUGAGUUCAGUAGGUGGGAAAUUCUGUGGUUCGUUGUACUGAAUCUAGCUACAUUGCAAAGAUACUGAGUUUUUCCUGUGCUCCGGCUGUAUAAAAUGGAGGCCCAGAGGGGAGUUAUCAGAAGCCGUAUUCUAACCUUAUCAAAAGUUGAUGCUGCCUUGUUAAACCAGUGAAUAAAAAUGAGCCAGCCAACACCUGAGCCUCAACUUUCAAUUGAAAAAUGGACCACAGAAGACGUCCACCAGUGGCUGAUGACAGAGGUCAAAGUUCAUCAGAGUUGUGCCGACAGAUUCAUUGAAGAGGAAGUGUUGGGGGAAUAUUUAGUCCUCUUCAAAAAGAAAGAUAUACUAGACUUGGGAAUAAAAUGUGGUCCUGCUGUCAAAAUCACAUCUUACCUAGAGAGGCUUAAAGAUGGAUCACAACACGAGUCACAGUUCCCAGCAUACGUGGAAAACUGGACAAAGGAGCAGGUCAACCAGUGGUUACUACAGCAUGUCAAAAUACGUGGCAAAUAUGCAGAACAACUCCACGAUGAAGAUGUGUCUGGAGACUGUCUUGUUUACUUCAGCAAACAGGAUUUUCUGGAUCUGGAUAUAAAAAGCGGUCCUGCUGUAAAGAUUCUGGCAGAGCUUCAUCAGCUGAACAAGAAGCCAGAGCCAACGCUGCAUCCCACCCUUCACACCACCACAGACCAAAAAGAACCAAAACCCAUUCAACCUGAACUGAGUCUGAAUCAAGCCAAAGAAACCAAACAACAAGAAUCUAAUGAUAAAACUGACUCACAAACAGAUGAAAUGGAAACGCAGCCAUUUGAGAAAGCUUCAGAGAGGAAGAUCAUUCAGCAGCCAAUCAAGGAAAUCAAGAGAAAAGAAACUGUUGUGACCACAGCCCUACUGAACACAUCCAAGAUCAGUGUGGAGAUCCAGAAAACUCUGGACAACCUUAUAAAAGGAGACCUGAAAAUGUUUCAUUUCUACUUACAUGAGCACACAAAAUCUGGGCAUAAACCUAUUCCUCGGGGUAGGCUGGAGGGCAAGGACACCAUGGAUACAGCAAAAGUAAUGACUAGUCACUAUGGAAAUGAGGGGGCUUUAUGGGUAACAAUAGACAUUCUAAAGGAAAUCAACCAGUGUGAACUUGCCUGUCAGCUGGAAAAGAACAUGGGUCAACUGCAGCAGCGGUGUCGUCCAAAAGCAGUUUUGAAGAAAGAAGCAAACCAGGGUGACAAACUAAAGAAUUUGUUAACUUGUGGUGGAAACUCACUUGACAGCUAUGACAGAUUUGUUGUUGUUAUAAACAAGAGUAGUCCAGAACAAGUGCAGUAUCUCCAGUUUUUGAGUAAGAUGAAACUGUUCUGUGUGUUAGACUUUGACCCAAACUCUGCUGCUCCAGGUGGACUGUGUCAUUCCUACAGAGAGUCAAGGGUUGCCAAUCUCCAUACUCCAUCUCAGUAUCAAGGACAGAUUGACUCAGUGAUAAAGAACCUUAACCUUUAUAAACAGACCAGCUGGGUUUUCUGUAAUGGCAGACAUGACCUUGACAAUGACUCAAACAAGGAGUUAGAUUACCAGAACUGGCUGAGGAAAUCUUGCAGAGAUGUAGAGCAGUUGGUUUCAUUCACUUGCAACCCUGAAGUUCUUCUCCAUGGCAAGAGUCUCAUUGUAUUCCUUCUACUCUCACCUGUGGACACUGAGAAAGAUCCAAUGUUUGACAUCUACAAGUCUUUCUUGAAACACACAGAAGAGGAAAGCAUUAUCAACAUAUGUGAAUCUCAGAGCACAUAUGAGAAGUGGAGGGAGCUGAUACAAGAAAAGUGUGACUUUGACAUCGACCAUCUAUCCAUUAAUGAGCUGACCCUCAGCGAGGUCAAUGGAACUAUUAUGGCACUGGGGCCAUUAAAUCAGUCGUCUGGAAGACUGCUUCCCUCCUCUGGUUCCAGUGUUGUUGUCCUGAAACAGAAGGAUGAAGAUUUUAUGACAGCUCUUGACAUUUUGUGUCUGAAUCAAUGUGAAAACACCUAUGAUGAAAAUAGUCCGGAGUUUCAAGACUACCGAAUCAGAGUUGAAGAGGAAUUCUACAGAGGAGGCAAAGUCAAAUGGUGGAACUUCUACUUCUGUGACAAGGACAAAGAGAAGCCAUUUAUCAAAAGAGACAAGUAUGAAAAUGUUAAGAAGAUGAUCAGAUCUCAGUUGAGAGAUUCAAAAAACAUGUGUGUUCUGCUAAAUCUCUUCCACCAUCCAGGAUGCGGUGGAACCACCUUAGCAAUGCAUGUGAUGUGGGAUCUCCGUCAGGAGUUCAGAUGUGCUGUGCUGAAAGACAAUGCACUGCCAAAAGCAGAAGUUGCCAUUCAAGUCAGAAGGCUCACGAAACUUGAAAGUGAGAAACCAUGUCCAGUUUUGCUGUUAGUUGAUGAUUCAAAAGAAACUGAGAAUCCUCAUGAUCUUGUUAACUGCAUACGUAAAGCUGCUGUAGAGGAUAGCUUGAACGUAAAUGUGGAUGAUGCACCAAAUUGCAAAGUCAUCAUCCUUAACUGUGUUCGUUCUCACAGCCCAAAAGAACAGUACAGACAGCACAAUCCAGGACUGUGUCAAUACAUCACUGCUUCACUGACUCAAGACGAACAGAAGGAGUUUGAAAAGAAACUUAAAGAGCUCAAAGAAACUCAUGACAAACCUGAGAACUUUUAUAGUUUCAUGAUCAUGAAGAGCAAUUUUGACAAAAAAUACAUUGAUGAUCUUGCUCGUAACACACUGGAGAACUUUGAUUUCAGCACAAAGGAGGCCCAACUGUUUGCUUUUCUGGCCUUACUUAAUACAUAUGUGGCAGAGUCUGAAAUCUCUCUCUCUCUCUGUGAGGAUUUCUUUGGGAUGAAAAUGAUUCGCUGGCAAGAAGACAGUGUAUUGGAAAGAAUGAGGCCAUAUUCAAACCUUCUCAUCAUAGAUACAGUUGAGGAAUGGGGAGGAUACAAAGGAAUCAGAAUCCUUCAUUGCUCCAUAGCAUCUGCCUGUCUGGAAGAGUUGGAGAGGAGCUGCAAUUUGAAAGUAAGUGAUAUUGCUAUGGCAAUUCUUCACUGCGAUCUGUUCUUCAGUGUUGGAGUCGUCAAACACAGAUUCAUGCUCUCAAUUCAACGAAUGUUGAUUGAAAGGCAGCGCAAAAAAGAUGGAGAUGAAAGAGAACCAUUUUCUCCUCUUAUAGACAAAAUCCACAGCCAAGAAGGGAGACAAGCUGUCCAAGAAAUCUUUGUGAAAGCAUCGUCCAGAUUUGUGUCAAGUGCAUCUAUUCCUCAGGCACUGGCAAGAUACUUGUACAUCAAUGAGCGUGACUUCCCAGAGGCUCUAAUAUGGGCUGAAAAGGCCAAGAACAUUAAAGAAAACCCAUACACAUUUGACACAAUUGGGCAACUCCACAAAAGCAAUUUAAAAUCUAACAUCCACAGAGAAAAACAGGAGACAUCACUCAAUCCAGAAGACUUAAACACAAACAUUAAAAUAGCAGGUAAUGCUAUCAGAGCAUUUAAAAGGGCUCAAGACCUGGCAAAUACAGAGGAUGAACCUGAGGAGAAAGCAGCAGAUGAUGAGUCUGAGGACUACCCCAGAAAGUCAUAUAAUGUUUAUGGCUAUGUAGGUGUGCUGGAAAUUGCUUUCUUGGUCUUUGAGAUAUUGAGCAGACUUCCUUUCUUUGAGGAAAGUGAUCCAAUGAAGAAGAAGUACUUGCAGAGUUUUCUGCAAAAAGUAAUUCCCAUCACCAACGUGUAUAAAAAGGACAAUGAGAUCAACAACAGAUACAUGGAGAUCAUCAAAGAACAUGAGCAGUUCCUCCAAAGUUUGAAAGCUGAAGUAAAAGAAACUUUUGAACUUCUUGACUGUUACUUCAUGUACAUAAAAGGGAACAAUUCAGAAUUUGAUUCAAAGAAUCGUUGGAACGUCUGUAGUCAUUUUAAAAAGUAUGUAACUCUUUUUUGCACAGCACGAGAGGAAAUAAAAAAAGAACGACAAAACAAUCCUAAUCUCAACUGGAAAAUAGACAUUGAAGAACGACGACUGUUUCUUGAAGAAAGACAAGCAGACACAUUUGCUGGAAUUCUUCAGCAUUUGGACAAACCUGCUGAAGAAAUUGAGAAGAUCACAGAAUGCUAUGCAUUCUUGCAACAACAACAACAAUUUAUCAACAAAAAACAAAAGACAAAGGAAACAAUCAAUUACAUUUUGUCAAACAUAGUUCUUUAUGUUUUGAAACCAAAAUCUAAACAUGUGAAGAGUUACAGCUCCCUCUCUGCUCUACUUUUGAAAACUCUACAAGAUGUCGGACUUGGGUAUCCCUUCCCAGACCCAUAUUACCUGGCUCUGCUCUUACUCUGGCCAAGUCCUACUCAGGAAAACACAGAAAUUGGGACAUAUGUGAAAGCAAUUCGAAACUCAUAUCGCAAACGCCUGACCUUAUUGUUUCGAAACAGGAGCACUGUUGCCCACCUCUACCUGGGGAAAGAAGAGGGACUCAAGAGGCUUGUUUCUAAACCCCAACUAGAUGAGAAUUUUAAAGACAUGCGCCGCGAUGCCUUGGCACAACUUUGGCGGAAUGGAGACAUAUUUAAAGACAAAGCCAUUAUCAACCGUCUUCAUCGAGUUUGUGGAACCAUUGAGCAAGGAGAGGUGUUUGCCAAUUACGGUAAACUGAAAAUCCCAGUGCGUCCAGCUCUUAUUGCUGGUAUAAGGAGUGGUUUCAGCACUGAAAAGGUUUCCUUCUAUCUUGGUUUUGCUAUCGAUGGACCCCUUGCUUAUGAUAUUCAGUAUGAAAACUAGGACAGUUAUGUAACGUAAAGCAUAUAAUGAACAAUGUGAGAGUGGCAGCCAGUGACUCACUGUGAAGGAAUGUCAAACACACCUGAUAAAACCAAGGAGUGAGGAGAACCAUUGAUGUAGCACUCAGUGUUUUAUUUUUUUUAUUUUUUGUAACUGUAAUAAAUAACUUGUAUUUUUAUGUUAUUGUUUAUCAGGGACAAUGCACAACUGCAUUUAUUAUGCCACAUGUAGCUAAAACAUGAGCAAAUGAAAAGCAAGACAUCUUUUUUUCAUUUUCUGAGGAGGUUUUUGUUGUUUUGCUUUUAUUGCUCUGUGUUGCAGAUGUGGCAUUAACAGCAGGGAAACUGAAAUGUAAUAAUAUAAUAAUAAUAAAUAAUAGUUAGCAGUUAAAAAAAAUGCUAAAAAUUGGGGCUCACAUUUGUACUUUGACUGUAAAAUAUUACUUGGUUAUUUUUAUUUUAUUUCAUUGUUUAUUCAACAAUUACAUUUAUUAUGCCAGAUAGCUAAAACAUGAGCAAAUGAAAAGGAAGACACAGUGCAGAGUUAAAUACCAAUCUUAUACAACUAUCUAAAUAUGCAUAUGUUUUUAUAUUAUUUUGUCAUUUAAUUUUUUCUGAUACGUUUCUUAUUCACAUUCUGAAGAAGUUUUUAUUGUUAUGUUUCAGAGCUACUACCAGGGACAAUGAAAUUCUCACUAAGACGUCUUCUAUUAAUUUAUCUGCAAGAUGAACUAGUGUAAUAGUUAAAAGUGAAAAUAAACUGAAUGCUAAACACAUUAUUAUUGAGCCAGAUCCAGCUAAAAGGUGAUUUUCAUCUGUAGUCCGUGGGAGGAGAGUAAUGUGCAGGGUUGACAAAGUAAAGGAUAACUGUCACUCGUGGUGGAUUAAACCAUUCAGAUUACAAUUACUGAAUAAAGAAGAGUAAAUGUGACCAAAAUGGGAUGAGUAACUUUCAGUCUAAUGUGAGACACGUUAGUGAUUGAUGUCUGUAUGUGUAUAUUUGAAAGUUCUUCUUCAUCGUUAGUUAUUUUUUGAUAUAUUUGGUAGACUGUUCCUGUUCUGCUGUAAAUGUGGUACGUGUAGACAUCAGUUAAAAUGAACAUUUUAUUUUUAUUUGUUAAUACACAUCAUAACUGUGGGCACACUGAUAUUUGAAAAGUCAACUGCUACAAGUGUAAAUAUGAUGGUGGUAACAGUGAAGCAAAAACUAAUGCUCUUUAUUAUUGACAACCAGACUGUUUGAGCUAACCUUUGCUAAAGCAAACUAUUCAGUUAGCUUAUAGCUGCUAUGUCAGCAAAAUGGAAAUGUUGAGAAACCCUCUGUGUAUAACGACCACUAAUUUAUCGCUCAGUGCUUGUGUAUACUUGACUUUAAAACAUUUAAAUAAUGAUGAGGUGACAAAGAUUCAAUUUUCAGUUCUUUUAUAAUUAAUGUGUUUGAUUAUAGUGGAUGAUUCCUUUCCAGAAAAAUUUAAUUUCAGAGAUUAAAGCGUAAAUGUUUUGUAAGCUCAACUUGCACAUAUAAAACGUAUAUUUUGUUUAUUGUAUUUCCUGUUUUUAAUGGUAUUUCAUGAUUGUAACCUUAACUUGGUACAACAACAAAAAAAACUAAAAAUGUUAUGAUGUUUUUUUGUGAUAAAUUGAACCAGCUCACAGACAUUGAUUUAUCAUUGGUUUAUCAGAUACUCACUCACCAUUUUGGCUAUUUCACUUUCUUUCAUUUGGUUUUAGGAAUCCAACUUUAUUGUGUUGUUUUCUUCCAGUCUCUCAGCAUCCACUUAA